AUGACAAAUAUUAUCAACCAAGCGAGAAUAAAGCAGCGCUCUGUUGUCAUCACCCUUCUCGAUCUCAAGAAUGCUUUUGGUGAAGUGCAUCAUAAUCUAAUUCAAUCUGUCCUCGACUAUCAUCACAUUCCCAAAGACGUUAGUGAAAUAAUAAAGAGCUUGUAUACGGACUUCAAUACUGCAUUUAUAACAUCAGAAUUCUCUACCCCAUUUAUAACUGUCGGUCGUGGAGUCCUUCAAGGAGACUGUCUUAGUCCUCUAAUUUUUAAUAUGUGCAUCAAUACCUUCAUUCAACAUAUAAAAACUGACAAAUACCGGCAAUUUGGUUUCAUUACAAAUCUUUUAAACCCAGUCCAUUGGUUCCAGUUCGCUGAUGAUGCUGUGGUAAUAAGCGGUCAAGAUUCAGAAAAUCAACAUCUUUUAAAUCGAUUCUCGAUCUGGUGCCAGUGGUCUAACAUGAUUGUCAGGGUUGAUAAGUGUUCAACAUUUGGGAUCAGGAAAAGUCUGACAAAAUCUAUCCAAUAUUUACCUAAACUUCUGAUUAACAAUGAAUUGAUACCUGCCACUAAAAUUGGAGAGUCGUUUCGAUACUUGGGGAAAUAUUUUGACUUCAGUAUGUCCGAAAAAGAACACAAACAAGAGCUAAUCACUCUCAUGGACGACAUUAUGUCUGAAAUUGAUCUUAAACCUUUGCACCCGAAAAAUAAACUUUUGCUUUAUAGUCGUUACCUCCUAUCCCAACUUUCCUGGCAUUUCACUGUAACCACCAUAUCAAGAACCUGGGUCUCUGAAAAUAUGGAUUCUGUGGUGAACAAGUACGUACGUAAAUGGCUUGAAAUACCUAUAUCAGGAACUCUAUCUAACGUCUACCUUACCAGCAACAAGUUUGGUCUAAAUAUCUACCCGCCGUCAAUUAAGUUUGCUCAGUGCCAAACAGUUGCUCGUAACGCCUUAAAGACCUCUCCAAAUUAUUCCAUAAAAGACCUCUGGAAAACAACAUCUGAAAGCAAAAACAUUCAGUACGACGUUUACACCUCGACAAAGGAAGUCCUUAAAACUUUUAACUCCGGACAAGAAGACAAAUUGCAGAAUCAUCUGAUUUUGCAAGGCUCCUUCUUCUCAAAUGUCAUUAAGUUUUCACUGUCGAAAUUAAACGGCAUAUGGUCUAAAUCCCAAUCAAACCUCCCAAAGAACAUCUAUAACUUCACCAUUCGUUAUACAUCAAUAACUCACUUCCAACUCGUAAAAACCUUACUAAAUGGGGAAUAUUGUCAAACUCUGAUUGCUCCUUCUGCUUAA